AUGCACACUGUUGGUUUGCAAUCUGUUAGGUGGGAUCUAACCAUUCCCCCUGAUCUUCUGAUUUUGAGAGACAUGGAAAAACAAGGAGGCCUGAUUGGAAUAGCACUUGAUGUACAAUGGUACGAGCCAAUAUCUGAUACUGAUGAGGACAAGGACGCUGCACAAAGAGCUAUGGAUUUUGGGCUCGGAUGGUUCCUAGAUCCCCUUUUCUUUGGUGAAUACCCUCUUUCAAUGCAGGAUCUUGUAGCUGAAAGACUUCCUAUAAUCACAACUGACAUGUCACAAAGUUUGGUCGGGUCACUGGAUUUUGUAGGCCUAAAUCAUUACACCACAUUAUAUGCCCGAAAUGAUAGGAUCAGGAUUCGCAAACUGGUGUUGCAGGAUGCUUCGUCUGAUACAGCUGUUAUUACAACCUCUUCAAAGGGUGGAGUCGCAAUUGGAGAAACAGCUGCCUCCCCCUUGCUGCACAUUGUUCCAUGGGGUUUUCGGAAAUUGGCUAUAUAUGUGAAGGAUAAAUAUGGGAACCCACCAGUUAUUAUAACAGAAAAUGGUAUGGAUGAUUCAAACAACCCUUUUAUGUCCUUAAACAUAGCUUUACAAGACGACAAGAGGAUAAGCUACCACAGGGACUAUCUCUCUAACUUAUCUACUGCUAUAAGGCAAGACGGCUGUGAUGUGCGUGGUUACUUUGUAUGGUCAUUACUUGACAACUGGGAAUGGAACUUAGGAUACACCGUCCGCUUUGGACUUUACUUCGUCGACUACAGGAACAACCUCACAAGGAUCCCAAAGGCUUCUGUUGAGUGGUUCAAAGGUGUUCUCAGACAGCCAGAAACGUGACCUCAGUCACUUGGAUUUAUGA